AUGACGGCAGGAACAGCAGCAGCAGAGGAUGCUCGAACUGCGGGAAAGCCGGAGGUGACAGUGGAAGCAGAAGCUGCAAAGGCCGCCGAAUCUGCGGCCGCAAGGGCAGGAGCGAGCACAAACGAGGCGGCAGAGGCAGGUGGGGAGGCAGCCGUGCUGGUGGCUGGACAGGCAACUGUCCUGACGCCUUCGUUAGCCGAAAAUGCUUGGGCCAUUGUAAAUGGCACUCGGUGCCUUAACUGGUGGGGUGAUGGUUGCGCUGCAAUCACUGAACGCGAAUCAUGCUUGCAGUCUCGAGAUGGAAGCGAUGUUGCCGAGAGCAAGGGAGUCAAGGUAUUCGGGCAGCCGUGUGUUUGGUGUGGCGGUGAGAGGUGUGGUGCCACCAACACGCUCUGUGUGCCGUAUGCUGCCCAGAACACCUUUCCUUCUGGCGCGGAGGUGGCAUCCUGCGCAGGCAAAACCGGAGCGAGCAAGACGUCUGCAGCCGCCCAGUGGAUGGACAUUCCGGCUGAGCUGAAAGCCGGAGGUUUCCCACAGAGGGAGCUCUUCUUCGUGCCGAAGAAAAGUCAGACCGGGAAACAGGAUCCGUCAGGUCUUGCUUGCCGGGGCUCAUCAGAUCAGGAUGCCAGCAAUUUGGACCCGUCGAAGCGAAAUUAUUAUGCCACGUGGACAGCCUCCACGCUGAAAGAAUGUUUUGACAUCUGCAGCUGGAAGCAGGAUUGCAGCGGUGUGGAGUUCGCUGAGAACCACUCGUACUGCGAAGUGUGGAAUGUUCCCAUUCGCUUCACACAGCCAGUUGCCGGUUACCAGUGCUACCUUGCCUAUCCACAAUCGGGACAGCCGGAUGGUAUCAGAUGGAAAGCUGCAGCCGGGAUGUCGGUGUCGAGCGUCCCCGAGCCGACGUCCAACUUGUCCUUGGAGAUGAUUCUGGGAGGAUUGCUCUUGCUAGGCAUCCUGGUGGCGGCCAUCUGCGCGUGCAGAAGAUGGAAGAAGAAGACCCCAGCAAAGAAAGCCAAAGCAGCCAAAGCAUCAGCGAAGCGAGGGCUGGACAUGGAGAGCGGAGAUAAAUAUAGCGGUGAGGCUGUAGGUUCUGGAGAUGAGAUGCAGCCUCUAGUGGGCGCAGCAUCUGGGCUUUCGUCUCCUACUGGUAGCUUCGUUUCAGGCUACGGAGGACGCACUGGUGCUUGGAACCAACCUGCGUCCUUCUCCUUUGCAGGGUCGCAAGUUGGGCAGGGUGGCUAUGAGGCUUUGAAUCAAGGGGUCCAAGCCCCAGCGGACGGAAGUCAAGCCACCUACCUGCAGCAACUGCGGCAGUGGUUGCAAGACUACGAAGCGGCGCGAUUUCGAGAGCUGGCUCAGCUUCAGGCGAAUGCACAGGCUCGCUUUGGCUAUGCUGAAGGGGCUGGCUAUGGCUACGGUGUGCCUUCGUAA